AUGUUCGUAACGGGCAAGCCACAAAACGCACAGCAACGUUGGGAAUGUGUCGCUUAUGUUGUCUGGCUGCAGUGGCUUCCCAAUCUGACGGAUCUCCUUGGCUCCUAUUCUAUGGUUCCGUGUGAUGAGAUUGGAGUUUCCGAAUGGUUCUUGGGUUCGGGCGAUUUUGCCAUUGUACACGCAUCGCGAGACACAUAUGAUGGAACAAGUGGCCCAACCUUUGCCGCACUGCUCGAGUUGGUUUCGUAUGCGCCAUCUCCACUGCUCCAUCUUCCUAUGAUGGUUCUUACAAACCGACAUCUGUUGGUUCAUCAAAUUAUGCAGCUGGAAAGCCGGAAGCGGUGCCGAUUAUGUCAGCUGCCACGACUUCCUCUCCGAAUAAGGAACGACUGGUGCGAAGUUUUAGCGAUUUGGUAA